AUGGAGACAGCAGUAAGUGAAGAUGUUCUUCCUGCGAGGGCAGUGUACACUCAGGGAGAUGACGGCCCGUCUGCGAUAACCUGUGAAUUGGAUCCAGAAAUUAAGUUAAAGAAGAAACUUUUUACCAAGCCUCCAAAGUUACCAAAUAGAUCUCCAUACAGCACACAACUGUAUUCCAGAAGAGCUGCAGUUUGGCCAUCUCUUCAGGGAACAGGCAGUGAAUAUCUUGAGAGUGCAGCUGUAAAAACCCCAAGGCUAAGAUCACUGAAACAAGGAGUGAGCAAUCCUCUGAAGUCAGAUGUUGACAUGGGCCAUAUGCAAGCUGGUUUUAGUAGCACUCCGGAAUAUUUGAAGGAAGUUCUAGGAACAAAGAAGCCAAAGCAUUCUCGUUCUUCUAGCAAUGGCUACGUUCUUGGAAAUCCUAACUACAAGGAAAAAGAAGAUAUGUAUGAUGAAAUUAUAGAACUGAAAAAGACAAUACAAGCUCAGAAAAUUGAGAGACAUCAAAUGAAAACUAAGCUUCGUCGACUAGAAGAAAUGAUCAAUAUAAAGGAUAAACAGAUUGAAAAACUGCUGGAUCCUUUCAAGGGCUCCGAGAUGGCACAAGCUUUGUCAGAAAAGAUGAAUAAUAAUGGAUGGGUGGUUAAUGGAUUGAAGCAGAAGAUUCUUAAGCUACAACAACUGUGCAAGGAGAGAGACAAGACUAUUAACAAAUUCCAGGCAGAAAUGAAGUCCACUAAUUUGGAAGAAAUGAAGAUAGCUAUGGAAACCUGCUCUGAAGAGAUUCAUCAUCUCCAACAGCUCCUGAAGAAAUCUGAGGCUAUGAGGAAAAAUACAGAGAGCAGAGACACCCAAAAACACCUCAAGGCACUGAAUGCUGCUGUCCUGAGAUUAUCCAGGACCAUCAAAAAUUUGCAGGCUGAGAAUCGGAGGCUGAAAGAAGAUUUAGAUCAUGUACUGUGUGGUUCUUCUCCUUCCAAUGAAACAGAAGAUUAUAGUGAGUGGAGCAAACCCAGGCUGGUGAGGCGGAUUUCGGAACUCGAAAAAAAAAUAUGUGCAUUGGAAAACGCCAGAGUGCCAUCAGUAGAUACCUGUGAGUCAGAGUUACUUGCUCCACCAUGUUCAACUGAAGACCUGGAUCAUCCAGCCUCUCAACAGGUAGACUAUGUUGAGGAAUGUCAUCACCUCCAAGGGCUAGUGAAGAAACUCCAGAGAGAUAAGAGGGCACUUCGAAGUUUCCUGCUUAGUAAAGAGUAAAUCUCCUUAUACUUUUGUAAAUUAGAUAUCAAGCAGUUACUGCAGGCUAAGGCUCAAGUGGAGCUGGAGCUGCAGAAGUGUCAGAAUAAGAUAUACAGGAGAAGUGUCAGAGAAGAAGUGGAAAUCCAGAACCUGACACAGAAAUUAGGGAAACUGGAGCCAAAAGAAGAGGAAAAGAAGAGUCAAAUGGCAGAAGAUAAAGUGGAAAAGCUUCUUAAGGUACAGACACAUUUUUCACUGCAAGGCAAAGAUCAUCAAAGGAGGCAACAAGCAGCCAGAAUCAUCCAGAGGUACUGGAAGAAGUAUCGGGACAAGCGAGAUGUAACUGAUCUGGACGAGGCAAUUAUUACACUUCAGACAGCUUUCAGAGGACAUUUAGGUCGGCAGAAACUGUUACUGAAGAAGAGGACGCAUGAUGCAAAUUCUCAUAACAAGAACUCCUGCAGGUCUUCCAUGUCAAACUCCUCGAGCUCAUCUUCUGAUUGCAAGGAGAAAGAUGAGAUGCUGCCAUUCAUCCAGUCUGUUUUCAGGGCUCACUUAGCACGUAAAGAACAGCUUGUGGAGAGUAUGUCUUUCUCCUCUGUGUCCAGUGCGCUACGUGAGAAAGGAGAUUCUGCAGUUCACGGUCCAGAGAAGAAACCAGUCUUAGCAGCAGUCCAGAGACGACCUUCAAACUUCAUGUUGUCUCUUCCUGAUUGUGGUGACUUCUUGAUAAGUGAAGAAGUUCUGCAAGAAUUUAUACCAGAAAGGACAGAGAGACCAUAA